CCAUAUUCAGUGCCUGGUGCCUCUGCUCACCACUGGUCCACAGGCUGCUGCUCGGUUCCUCUCCAUCUGGGAGACCACCUUUCUCCUGUCACAGCUCAUAGUCUUUAGGAUGCUCCAGACCUUGUAUGACUACUUCUGGUGGGAACGACUGUGGCUGCCUGUGAACUUAACCUGGGCUGAUCUAGAAGACAAAGAUGGACGUGUCUAUGCCAAAGCCUCAGACCUCUACAUCACACUCCCCCUGGCCCUGCUCUUUCUCAUCAUUCGAUACUUCUUUGAGCUUUAUGUGGCUACACCCCUGGCUGCCCUCCUGAAUGUUAAGGAGAAAACUCGACUGCGAGCACCUCCCAAUGCCACCUUAGAGCAUUUCUACCUGACCAGUGGCAAGCAGCCCAAGCAGGUGGAGGUAGAGCUUUUGUCUCGGCAGAGUGGGCUCUCUGGACGCCAGGUAGAACGCUGGUUCCGCCGCCGCCGCAACCAGGACAGGCCCAGUCUUCUCAAGAAGUUCCGAGAAGCCAGCUGGAGAUUUACAUAUUACCUAAUUGCCUUUGUUGCUGGCAUGGCUGUCAUUGUGGAUAAACCCUGGUUCUAUGACUUGAGGAAAGUUUGGGAGGGAUAUCCCAUCCAGAGCAUCAUCCCUUCUCAGUAUUGGUACUACAUGAUUGAACUUUCCUUCUACUGGUCCCUGCUCUUCAGCGUUGCCUCUGAUGUCAAGCGAAAGGAUUUUAAGGAACAGAUCAUCCACCACGUGGCCACCAUCAUUCUCCUCUGCUUCUCCUGGUUUGCCAAUUACGUCCGAGCAGGGACCCUCAUCAUGGCUCUGCAUGACUCUUCUGACUACCUGCUGGAGUCUGCCAAGAUGUUUAACUACGCGGGAUGGAAAAACACCUGCAACAACCUCUUCAUUGUGUUCGCCGUCGUCUUCAUCAUCACUCGGCUGGUUAUCAUGCCCUUCUGGAUCCUACACUGCACAAUCAUCUACCCACUGGAGCUCUACCCUGCCUUCUUUGGCUAUUACUUCUUCAAUGCCAUGAUGGCAGUGUUACAGAUGCUCCAGAUCUUCUGGGCAUACUUCAUUCUGCGCAUGGCCCACAAGUUCAUAACUGGAAAGCUGAUAGAAGAUGAACGCAGCGACAGAGAAGAAACGGAGAGUUCAGAGGGGGAGGAGGCUGCAGCUGGGGCAGGAGAAAAGAGCCGGCUCCUAGCUAAUGGCCACCCCAUCCUCAAUAACAAUCAUCCUAAGAAUGACUGA